GGAGGUUAAGAACAACUCCAGUCCAGGAAUCUGCUGGCUGCGAUCUUCAGCUUUUUUGUUCUGACCCCUACCUACUGCUGGUCUCCCCAGCCUAGGAUGGUGGGCAGAGGGAGGAUGAUUUCGUGGUGUGCAGAACACUUGACUCAGAGCCACAUAGGCCUGGACUUCUAAACUCCUUCCCAGCUAGGUGACCUUGGGCAAGUGACUGCCCAUCUCUGAAUUUCUAGUUUCUCAUCUGUAAAGCCAGUGGGUUGAACUGGGGAUCUCCAAGCUAUCCAGCUAGAUUACUAAGAUAAAAAGGGGUUUUUUUCUAAAUAAAUUUUGACAAAGUACAUCAGGUAGGUGAAAUUGAUCCUUGAUGCAGCCUCUCUUUUCCCUUUUCUGAGCCUCUUUCUUUGGCGCCUGCCCUCAGCCCCUUCUAGCCCUUUCUUGCUCUCAGCAGGCACACAACUCAUUCAGAGAUUCUCACCUUUUUGAAAUCCCCAGGGCUCCUCCCUCCUGAUAGUAGUUAUACUUUAUUAUCUGCUGGUUGUAACUCUUUAAAGGAUCUAUAUAAUUUAAAAGUAUCUCCUGACACCGAGAUACACUUAAAAAAUGAUAGGCCGUAUAGGAAAGAGAGAUUAUUUACUGUCUUUGCAACCAUUAGUUGGUGCUCCUUAUGGGUUCCCAAACCCCUCAUAUCUGAGUUCCCGAGCGAAGUCUGGGAACCGCAAGACCAUGGGCCCUGGCACCUGCCCCAUCCCCACACUUGAUUUUUUAGGGAACUCACAAGCCCCUAGAGGAGAACCAUUUCCCCGCAUGCCUCCACAGGAAACAGUGAGUAAAUGAAACCUCUCAAAGGUCAGUUGCUGUCAACUCAGAGGUCAGAGGUUGCCUGGGUUGGGGGGGAGACUGUGAGAGUCCUCUGUGAGGGAGCCUGAAUGGCAGCUUGUGAAAACUACAGGCACCUGGACCCCACCCCUGGAAACUCUGAGUCAGUAAGUCUGGGCGGGCCCCACCGUAUUUCAGUUUCACCAGCUCCCCAGGUGAUUCUGAUGCUCAGCCAGAGCUAAUGUAGCAGAGAGAUCAAGAGUAGGGCUUUAGAGGCAGACUUCCAGCAAGAUGCUUAACCUCUCUGAGCCUUGAUUUCCUCAUCUGUAAAAGGAGGAUAAUGAGAGUCCCUGCCUCCAGGGCUGAGGAUUGAUUGAAAUCAGCCCAGUGAGCUCCUGCGCAUUCUGGCCUCCGCCCCUGCCAUUUCCUUUCCAGCCUGACCCUCCCCUGGUCACACCCUCUCACCACCUCUAGCCCCAACCAGCACCCAGGCACAGGAAGCCUGGCAGUCUGAGGUCUACCGAGCUCUCUGGGGGAGAAGCCCUGAGCCCUGAGUGUCUGGAGCCUUAAUUGCUUCUGGUCCCGACACCUGACGGCUCACAGGGAUUGGAGCCUCUGUCCCGGGCCCCUCAGAUUCCACUGGCAAAAGGUACAGGUGAGGAAGGUGCUGUCCCACAACCUGUACACGGUCCUGCACAUCCCCCACGACCCUGUGGCUCUGGAGGAGCACUUCCGGGACGAUGACGAUGGCCCCGUGUCCAGCCAAGGAUACAUGCCUUACCUCAACAAGUACAUCCUGGACAAGGUGGAGGAGGGGGCCUUCGUUAAGGAGCACUUUGAUGAGCUGUGUUGGACCCUGACGGCCAAGAAGAACUAUCGGGUGGACAGCAACGGGAACAGCAUGCUCUCCAAUGAGGAUGCCUUCCGCCUCUGGUGCCUCUUCAACUUCCUGUCUGAGGACAAGUACCCUCUGAUCAUGGUUCCUGAUGAGGUGGAAUACCUGCUGAAGAAGGUGCUCAGCAGCAUGAGCUUGGAGGUGGGCUUGGGUGAGCUGGAAGAGCUGCUGGCCCAGGAAGCCCAGGCAGCCCAGACCAGCGGAGGGCUCAGCGUCUGGCAGUUCCUGGAGCUCUUCAACUCGGGGCGCUGCCUUCGAGGUGUGGGGCGGGACACUCUCAGCAUGGCCAUCCAUGAAGUCUAUCAGGAACUCAUCCAAGAUGUCCUGAAGCAGGGCUACCUGUGGAAGCGAGGGCACCUGAGGAGGAACUGGACAGAACGCUGGUUCCAGCUGCAGCCCAGCUGCCUCUGCUAUUUUGGGAGUGAAGAGUGCAAGGAGAAAAGGGGCACCAUCCCACUGGACGCACAGUGCUGCGUGGAGGUGCUGCCCGACCGAGAGGGGAAGCGCUGCAUGUUCUGCGUGAAGACAGCCUCCCGAACGUACGAGAUGAGCGCCUCAGACACACGCCAGCGCCAGGAAUGGACAGCUGCCAUCCAGACCGCGAUCCGGCUGCAGGCGGAGGGGAAGACGUCGUUGCACAAGGACCUGAAGCAGAAGCGGCGCGAGCAGCGGGAGCAGCGGGAGCGGCGCCGGGCAGCCAAGGAGGAGGAGCUGCUGCGGCUGCAGCAGCUGCAGGAGGAGAAGGAACGGAAGCUGCAGGAGCUGGAGUUGCUACAGGAGGCGCAGCGGCAAGCCGAGCGCCUGUUGCAGGAGGAGGAGGAGCGACGCCGCAGCCAGCAUCGCGAGCUGCAGCAGACCCUCGAGGGCCAAUUGCGCGAGGCGGAGCAGGCCCGGGCCUCCAUGCAAGCUGAGAUGGAACUGAAGAAGGAGGAGGCUGCCCGGCAGCGGCAGCGCAUCCAAGAGCUGGAGGAGAUGCAGCAGAGGCUUCAGGAGGCCCUGCAACUGGAGGUGAAAGCGCGGCGGGAUGAGGAGGCUGUGCGCCUAGCCCAGACCAGACUGCUGGAGGAGGAGGAGGAGAAGCUGAAGCAGCUGCUGCAGCUGAAAGAGGAGCAGGAGCGCUACAUCGAGCGGGCGCAGCAGGAGAAGCAAGAGCUGCAGCAGGAGAUGGCGCUGCAGAGCCGCUCCCUGCAGCGAGCCCAGCAGCAGCUGGAGGAGGUGCGGCAGAACCGGCAGAGGGCCGACGAGGACGUGGAGGCUGCCCAGAAGAAGCUGCGCCAGGCCAGCACCAAUGUGAAACACUGGAAUGUUCAGAUGAACCGACUCAUGCAUCCAAUUGAGCCCGGAGACAAGCGUCCCACCACCAGCAGCUCCUUCACAGGCUUCCAGCCCCUUCCACUUGCCCGCCGUGACUCCUCCUUAAAGCGCCUGACCCGCUGGGGAUCCCAGGGCAACAGGACCCCCUCACCCAGCAACAGUGAGCAGCUGAAGUCCCUCAACGGUGGGGAUGAGGCUCCCAUCUCGGCUUCCACCCCCCAGGAAGAUAAACUGGACCCAUCGCCAGAAAAUUAGCCUCUGCUAUCCCCUUCUCCAGCCCCCAACCUCAUACCCACCAGAACCUGGCCACAGCUGGCCUGUGGGUGAUGCCAACCCCUGCAGAAGAGGGAGCUGAGGACCUGGUGCCAGGAGCCCAGGCCCUCUAACCAUGAAACGGUCUAGAACGGAGCCUUGUUUAUUUUGGGCACCAGCCCCAGACCCCUGACCACUGAGGCUGUCUGGGAUGUUGAUCCUUGAGAACUUGAUCCUGUGCCUUAACCCCAAGGACCCUAUGCCCUGGGCUGGAAAAGAGACCAAACAAGCAAGCAAGCCAGCGGCAUGUGCCCUCAGACUGCCACCAAGCUGUAGAGGCACAUUUCUAAAUAAAAACUGCCCUUGGAGUGAA